AUGGCGCCAUUUUUUGAGCAAAAGCGUAAGCUCUGGGAAUCAGCCGGACUCGAUUUGACCUCUACCAUCCCCCUCACUCUCACUGAUCCGCUCCCGAAAAACGUCCUUCAAUACCUCCGCAUUCAGCGUUUAGACGAAUCGGAUCUCAACACCAUAGCGCUCCAGCAAAUUGAUCCUAAAUACGAGAAAAUCAGCGACUCGAACGAAGUGCAAGUUCUGCUGUCUCUGAUAGAAUCGUUCAGCGGUCUUCUAGAUAGUUUCGGAACUCAGCUGGAAGAGUUAGAAGAACGGCUUGCGCAGGGCGCCUAUCCUUCGGGAGGGAAUGCAUGGGCGGCGGCGUACGUUAGCUUGGGCGAACAGCGAGUGUUGAGAUCGGCGAGAAAGCGAGCGGAGGACAUGUUAGCGGCGGUGGAGAGCGGAAGUGGAAAGGAGAAGGACAUGACGGCCAUCCGCAAAGUCCUUAUUAGCGAGUUUGGUGGCGUGGAUAAGGUCACGGUUGUCGAAGAUAUCUGCCCAACACCACCUCCCGGUCAUGUCCAGAUCGCUACUGAAUAUUCCGGCUUCACCGGCGGCGACGUUAGUAUGCGCAAGGGUAUUUACCCAGAGCAGAAGCCAGCACCGCUCACUCCAGGAUACUGCCUCGUCGGAACGAUACGCUUAAUAGGCGAGGGCUGCACGGCGGUGGCUAUGAAGCAGGGAGACACUGUCGCCGUGCUAACCAAGUACGAUGCCCAAGCUGAGCUUGUUAAUCAACCGGAAAAGUAUUGCAUUAAAGUCCCCGAGGGGCUUGACCACCAACAGGUCACAGCCCUGCUCUGUGACUGGAGCACUGCCUACGCUAUGAUAAAACACACGGCCAAAAUCACCAAGGGCCAACGAGUAUUUAUCCACGGGCUUAGCGGCGCCGUUGGUUGCGGGUUGAUGAUCCUCUGUCAACUAUAUGGUGCUGAGGUGUACGGCACCGCCGGCCUUCGUAACCACGAUCUCAUUCGUUCGUAUGGCGCCAUCCCUUACGAUUAUAAUGAAAAGAGGUGGGUUAAGGAAAUGAAGGCCCUUGGCGCACACGCCGUCUUUGACCCUCUUGGGUUUGAAAGCUUCGAUGAGAGUUACGAUAUCCUCACACCCGAUGGUAUCCUGGUUGCGUAUGGCAACAAUAUGGACUCGCUGGGUAAUAGGGAGCCGCGGGAUCCAACCCCGGCUGUGAUAAAGCUGCUUGCGCGCAACAAUCCGCAGUCUACCAAGCGGACUGAGUUCUUCGGGCUCACGCGCGACGCGCCCACAUACGUAGACGAUAUCAAGGCGUUGAUGGAUAUGAUCCAGCGAGGGGUGAUUGCGGUGCCUAUCAAGAAGGUGUGGGCGAUGGAUGAUAUUCAGACAGCGCAUACAGAAUGGGGUGGUGGGAAUGGUAUUGGAUCCGUCUUGAUCAAGGUAGCCGGCGUUUAG